AUGUCAACUUCCAAAUCAUCGUCUCUUGUCAACCCCACCUAUACACCCGUACCAUCACCUCCAGGGGGAUUCACAUCUUUCCAAUCAUUCUAUCCAUUCUACUUGGGCGAACAUUCCCUCCCCUUGACCAGGAGAUUACAUCUUGUCGGAACGUCCAUCGCCUUGACUUCAUUCGCUCGAUCGACCCUUUCCCUCGUCCCCAUCGCACUAUCCUACGCGGCCAGGUCGUUCCCUCCUUCAGGCGGUAUACAUGCCCUGCACAAUCAAGGCUUUAUCACUUCCCUAGGACUAGAUGUGAUAUUGGCUAAAUGGUCGGUGAACACGCAGUUCCUGGAAUUGGAAGGUAUAGGAAGAUGGUUACUUGGUGGUGUAGUGGGUGCAUAUGCGUUUGCGUGGAUAGGUCAUUUCUUCAUUGAGAAGAAUCGACCUGCAACCUUCAAAUAUCCCAUCUGGAGCUUGAGGGGUGAUUUGAAGAUGUGGUGGGAGGUGGUAACGCUCAGAAGGGAUUUCUAA